AUGAUAGUGAUCAUCAAGAUUAACCCCAAAUCUCACACCCCCAUGUACUUUUUCCUUAGUCACCUUUCUUUUGUUGAUUUUUGUUACUCCUCUAUCGUUACUCCAAAGCUACUUGAAAACUUGGUCAUGGCAGACAAAAGCAUCUUCUACUUUAGCUGCAUGCUCCAGUUCUUCUUGUCCUGUACUGCAGUGGUGACUGAGUCCUUCCUGCUGGCAGUGAUGGCCUAUGACCACUUAGUGGCCAUCUACAAUCCUCUGCUCUAUACAGUGGCCAUGUCACAAAGACUCUGUGCCCUGCUGGUGGCUGGCUCAUAUCUGUGGGGGAUGUUUGGCCCCUUGGUACUCCUUUGCUAUGCUCUCCUUCUAGACUUUUCUGGUCACAAUGUAAUCAACCACUUUUUCUGUGAGUAUACUGCUCUCAUAGCUGUCUCUAGUUCUGAUAUACACAUUCCCCAAAGUCUGCUUUUUGGGUUUGCCACCUUCAAUGAGGUGAGUACACUACUAAUCAUUCUUACUUCGUAUGUUUUUAUUUUUGUGACUGUACUAAAAAUCCAAUCUGCCAGUGGACGUCGCAAAGCCUUCUUUCUCCACCUGUGCCUCCCACCUGACUGCCAUCACCAUCUUCCACGGGACCAUCCUUUCCCUCUACUGUGUGCCUAA